CCGGUGUUUAUACCCAUUGAUAGCCAUAGGCGGUCACGACGAUAAUGCGAGGUGCAACGGCACUUAGAGAGGCAUAAGAACUGAGUCAAAAUCCUUCGAAACGCUUGAGUCAGAAUAUCAACCAACACUGCAGCACUGAAUGAAGACCGCGCACCCUGUCACUCACACGGAGAAUAUCGGAUACCGCCUAAAAACAUGACCACGUUUCACCCGUUUCCCCAGCUUCCGUGGGAACUCCGCGCUCAGAUCUGGGAAAUGGCUGUCGAGCCUCGCAACGUCUCUGUCGUCCUUCCACUUGGCUACAAUGACUUCGAACCGUAUGAGGACCAUCCCAAAUUCGAGCUGUGGGGCCCGAGGAUAUGGACAUACACCCCAGCGCCAGCAGCACUACAUACCUGUCAGGAGGCCCGGAAUCACCUUCAACGACAGCGAAUUUAUGAGCAGGCCUUCAGAAUCACACCUACCGUCCGUCUCAAAAGAUUCCCUAACACGCUAAAAUUUCGAGUUUGGCGUUAUGGGAAAAAGUCGAGGCGCGGCGUGGUUGACGAGUUGGAUGCCAACGCAGAAGCGGAGCGGGCGCGGCGUUAUGUCUGGGUAAACUUCGACAUGGAUAUAAUUAACAUCGGGGUCAUAAAAUUCUCGGCGUUCAAAAACUUCGACGGGGCAAAAAUCCAGCGGCUCCAGACCAAGAUUCGCAGCCGGAGAUUCGAGUAUCCCGAGUCCACGUAUUUGGUGGACACAUUUCCCAAUCUGAGAGAGCUCUACAUAGAGUGCUCCGUCGGCGAUGUCGAAAACUGGGAUGAACAUUACGAGAAGCUUGACGAGCUUGUUGGGGCGGAAAACGUCUGGCUGUAUCCGCAUUGGCUGGGUCCCGGCAUCUUCAGUUCGGUUAUCACGCUUGCGAAGAUGCGUGAAGAGCUACAUGAGUUUUGGAGGCGUGAGGAGGAGGAGGAGCGUGAAAGGAGCGGGGAUGGCUAUCCUAUGGGCUGUGACGGUCGAUGCGGGAUGCAUCUGCCGUCACAACUAUAGAAGACCACUUGAGCAACCGAAUUGCCAGCUUCGGUUAAGUGUAUCCUUUUGUUGGAAACACGGCCGAUUGGUGUAGUGGUACGAUCCCGGUCCGUGACAUGGGCCAGCCUCUGAUCGAGGUGGGUGUCCCUGAUGGCGAGUAAAUUGCUCGGUUUCUUUGUACUC